AACUCGUGCGACUCAGUGCCGACAGAGGCGGUGGAGCCGGUGGUGCGGCUGCAAGAUGAACGAGGCAGACGGGCUGCGGCAGCGCCGGCCCCUGCGGCCGCAGGUCGUCACGGACGAUGGCCAGGCCCCGGAGGCCAAGGAGGGCAGCUCCUUCAGUGGCAGAGUUUUCCGAACGACCUUCCUGAUGCUGGCUCUUUCCCUUGCCAUUCCCCUGCUUGGAGCCGUGAUGCUCUUGGAGUCCCCUAUAGAUCCUCAGAGUCUCAGCUUCAAAGAACCCCCUCUUAUGUUUGGUGUUCUGCAACCAAAUACAAAGUUGCGACAAGCAGAAAGGCUGUUUGAAAACCAACUCAGUGGGCCAGAGUCCUUGGUAAAUAUCGGGGAUGCGAUGUUUACUGGCACAGCAGAUGGCAGAGUUGUAAAACUUGAAAACGGGGAAAUAGAGACCAUCGCCCGGUUUGGUUCAGGCCCUUGCAAAACCCGAGAUGAUGAACCUACCUGUGGGAGACCGCUGGGCAUCCGGGCAGGGCCCAAUGGGACUCUUUUUGUGGUUGAUGCAUACAAGGGAUUAUUCGAAGUAAAUCCUCAGAAACGUGCAGUGAAACUGCUGCUGUCCUCGGAGACUCCCAUUGAGGGCAAGAAAAUGUCCUUUGUGAAUGAUCUCACUGUCACUCGGGAUGGGAGGAAGAUUUAUUUCACGGAUUCCAGCAGCAAGUGGCAGAGACGGGACUACCUGCUCCUGGUGAUGGAGGGCACUGAUGACGGGCGCCUGCUGGAGUACGACACUGUGACAAAAGAAGUGAAGGUUUUGUUGGACCAGUUGAGGUUCCCCAAUGGAGUUCAGCUCUCUCCUGAGGAAGACUUCGUUCUGGUGGCAGAGACAACCAUGGCCAGGAUACGAAGAGUCUAUGUGUCUGGCCUGAUGAAAGGAGGGGCAGAUAUGUUUGUGGAGAACAUGCCUGGAUUUCCUGACAAUAUCCGGCCCAGCAGCUCCGGCGGGUACUGGGUUGCUGCUGCGACAAUUCGUGCUAACCCCGGCUUUUCCAUGUUGGAUUUCUUAUCUGAGAAGCCUUUUAUUAAGAGAAUGAUUUUUAAGCUGUUCAGUCAGGAGACGGUGAUGAAGUUUGUGCCACGGUAUAGCCUGGUCCUAGAACUCAGUGACAGUGGUGCCUUCCGGAGAAGCCUGCAUGAUCCUGAUGGACUGGUAGUAACCUAUGUGAGUGAGGCACAUGAACAUGAUGGACAUCUGUACCUGGGUUCCUUCAGAUCGCCUUUCAUCUGCAGACUCAGCCUCCAGUCUAUUUAGUCAGCCCAGCAGCUGCUCCCACUGUGCAUGCCAGGAAUCAUCACACUCAGCUACCAUAGGUCUGGAAGGAGCCAUGGACAUAGCUUUGUCCUUCUGUUCCUGUUAGUCCUUGGAAGUGUGGGAGUAGCUGCUGCAACCUGGAGAAGGUGUGGUCUCUAAGAGGUGCCUCUCACCUGGACUUGAUGUCACUUUUAGAGGGAAACAGUGUAUCUACUGUGGGAAAGACAAUUCACAGAAAGCCAAUCAAUAUCUUUUUAACAAAAUUUCAUGCUAAGUACACGAAAUCUUUAGGACUUGGAGAAUUUCCUACACUUGUCCCAGGGCUCAGGGUUUGAUUAGAGUAUGGGAUUAGCUAUGCAGGGACCUUUCUGUUGCAGUCGGCUCUUUCUGCCACAUUCAGUGUCUUCAUUCUAAAGUGGGGUCAUGCUUGUCGGGGAUGGCGUGGAAGUGCCAGUGCAGGUGUGUCGAGGUUGCUGGCUGGGAUCAUGCAAGCUGAAACUUUGUUCUCAGGGUCAUGUGAGAUGUGUGGGAAUACCUGGACUCUUCCUCCAUAGUAAAGGGUGUCCUCCCAACCUCUACAUGAUGUGGCUCAGCCUCUUUUCAUGCCAGAGGGUUUUCAAGACUUGUGUUUCAGUGGCCAAGAGCAUUUCAUUGGGCUUCUUGCUGUGACUACCUCCUCCACUAGAAUUGAGUGACCCAACGAGUCUGUACCUGCACAGUGUGCUUUAGAAAUGCCCUUUUUAUGGCUUGGUUCAUUACCUUUCUACCUACAGAUGUGAGUAGCGACCUGUUGAUGUUUGUGCUAAUGUAAUAAGCUCAGAGUUGCUUAUUUCUUGGCAAGUCUGUUUAUACACUGGUCUUAAUUUUGAUGAUAAUAAAUAAUAUAAAACCCA